CCUACCGCUGGGCCUCAGCCUCCUCCCGUUGCAGUGGCGGAGCAUGGCCUGCAUGGGGCACCCCAGACCAUACCGCGCAGCCCCACUGCCAGCCUGGGGGGCUGUCAGCGAUUGGGACGGGACCGAGGGGGCUCGGGGAACCCCAACGGCCCAGCCCUGGUGCGUGACUGACCCUCUCCUUUCCAGAGCCCUCAGCGAAGGCCGGGAUGUUCGUCCUGGUGGAGAUGGUGGACACCGUGCGGAUCCCCCCGUGGCAGUUUGAAAGGAAGCUCAACGACUCCAUUGCUGAGGAACUGAACAAGAAGUUGGCCAACAAGGUCGUGUACAAUGUGGGACUCUGCAUCUGUCUAUUUGACAUCACCAAACUGGAGGAUGCCUAUGUGUUCCCAGGGGAUGGUGCGUCACACACCAAAGUCUCUCUAGGGUUCUUCGAUGACAUUCUCAUCCCUCCAGAGUCACUGCAGCAGCCAGCCAAGUUCGAUGAAGCAGAGCAGGUGUGGGUGUGGGAGUAUGAGACGGAGGAAGGAGCCCAUGACCUGUACAUGGACACUGGUGAAGAAAUCCGCUUCCGGGUGGUGGACGAGAGCUUUGUGGACACGUCCCCCACAGGGCCCAGCUCAGCCGGAGCCACCUCUUCCAGCGAGGAGCUGCCAAAGAAGGAGGCUCCGUACACGCUUGUGGGAUCCAUCAGUGAGCCGGGCUUGGGCCUUCUCUCCUGGUGGACCAGCAACUAGCCCUGGGGCUCGACAGUGGAGCUUGCCAGUUGGCAGACCCUAUCCCAACCCUCGGGAAGGGGGUGCAGCCGGCUGUGAAGACAACAGCAGCGGAGGCCAAAGUUGAGGGGCGUGCCUCAGGCAUUAGGGUGGAGGUGCUGGGAGAGCCCAUCUUGCGCACCCCCCCAUUGCUGGCCCUGCUCCUUCAACCAGAGCUACUGCUGAAGCCCUGCUGUCCCCGGGGACUUCUGGCUUUCAGUGAUAGGAAGGACACUGAAUAAAUGUCAGCAUCAGUAGGGAAGGGACCACUCAGCAGUCCCAAGUCAUGAUCUGAGAUCGCUGAGUUGAUGCAGCUGUGACAGCACAUCCUUCUUCAUCCC